AUGGGCUGGAACUCCUUCACUUCCGGCGGACAAAACACUUUCUACGGCAGACUGCAGUUUAAUGAAAGCCCAAAGAGUGGGACACUCCGUGUCCCACGAUAUGACCUGGUGGAUGUGAACCUCCUGAUGAAGCCAAACGGAACUGCGCCAAUUAUGGUGGAAGGAUCUGAGUUAAAAUUGCAUGAUCAGGCUAUCACAAUUGGAGAACUGCGAGGAUUCAGCGGUGCUGGCGAUGAGAUCUUGUAUCUUGGCACGACACGUGAGGCGAAUAACAUUGAUCUAUUUGCUGUGCAUAUCAUUACUGGUGUCGUCCGUCGUCUCACCAGUCAUCCCGAGUACGCUGAUCCGAUAUCAUUUUCGCACGAUAACCAAUGGUUCGUGACUAUGGACACCAGAGGAUCGAACCGCCAAAUGUGGAUGUCGGGACUGCGUCACAUACCCCCAUUGAUCGAUAUCGUCGCUACCACUGCUGCUGCAUCGACGCGUAACAAUGGUGCCCGGCGCUUCUUUCAACCUAUAUUGAUUGACCGUUACGGUGAUCGCGGGGACUAUUUUGGCCAGCGGGUAAAUUAUGAAGGCGAUGGUACCGACGGUAGUGUCAAUGAUGACAACUGGAAUGGCAAGGCCGAUCCUGCAUUUUCGCCCGACGGUACUCGCAUCGUUUAUUGGCAAAGUUUGGUCGUUUCCCCUGCAUGCGGAGGAGAUAACCUUCUGCCUUGUCCACAUUCCACGGCCCAAGGGGGGCGAACUUAUCGGGUGAUGUUGGCCCGUCUUCCCAAUCGCAACUCCACUGCUCCAGCCCCAGUCUUGAAUGCCCCAGACAUAAUUCCAUGGGCGACUCCAUUCCCGCUUGAGGCAACCGUUCCGACUCCCUACAGUCUACCGGCUGGGAACUUUACGUUACAGGGAGAAGCGAGUGGGUUUGCCAUGGUUGGAUUGAUCAAAGAUUCCGCCCUCGGUACUUUCAAAACUGUCAAUGUCAAUUAUUCCAACUUUUCCGAUGAUGGGAUGCACUUCAUCAAUGGCUAUGAGUCUGUGACUGUCACAAUACCAGUCUCAAACCCCUGGCUCAACCAUCUCGACUGGUACUCUGAUAUUGUGCAAACUGGAGAGGAAAAGGGAACCAAGAAAACUGGUCCCGGAGGCUUCCACCUGACCAUCAAUGCCAUGGAGAAUCUGUUCGAGGCAAAUGGGACGCUGACUACGAUUGUAAAUGGUGUAACCUAUGACCAACCCCUUAAUGGAGCUUGA